AUGGAUACUUGCAGUUUUACGUACAUUAGUAAACAAGGUCAUCAGCAGCGGAGAGCAACGGGAAUCGAACGAACAUGGGAAGAUUUGAAAAGUGAAUGUGGCCGCACAGGUGAUGGUUGUCCAAAUGCGAAACAUUACUUAAGAAUCGGUAAAGUUGGACCAGAACUGUUCGCUGUAACGAAGGAUGAAUUGGUCUUUUAUCAUGAUGAUGGACAAUGGCAUCAGUAUAUCACGGCAAAAAAUAUUAAGUACGGUACGACGAAUACACCGCAGACGCCGAAUGAUGACGACGAAGAAGGCGACAUUUAUCCAUUUGAUGCAUCAGACGAACGCAUUCUUCAUACACAGUUAGAAAAUCUAGUCGACGAUGUCAAACAAACUGAUAAUGUGGAAGCGUACAUAGACGAGAUUCGUAGUGAGCGAUACAAAAAAGUAUUAUUGAUAAUCACAAACAAUAAUGAUGACAAUGAAUAUCAUAUUGUAAACGAAGUUCAUGAUGUUAGAUCACUACAUUCAAUACAUAUUUACAAUAAUCAUGAAAGAACAGACAAAAAAUGGGAUCAGUGUUUCGUAAAGUUGAAGUUGUACAACGAUAUAGAGCAAAUAUUAGAAAAUUUAUCCACGAUCACAGAAGAUUAUGCGACAAAGACUAAAAUUCCCUUAUCUGUGUUUAAUCAGUCUGCACUUGACAUGACAACAAAUGAAUUAAAUGAUAUAGCCUAUUUUGCCAAAUUCGUGUCGCCAUUACUCAUCGAUCUUCUACUCGAUUUAGACUAUGAUCUUGAAGUGGAAAAAGCGGAUUUUAUUAAUCAAUGUCGAAUAUACUAUCGAAAAUGGAAAAGAUAUCUUAUCGAUAUAGACGAAUUUGCUCGUACCUAUACGCCAAAAGAAGCUGUCCAAUGGUAUACAAAAGAGAGUUUUGUCUAUCGUUUAAUAAAUAAAGUAUUUCGUCAACAAAAUCUUCGAGGGAUAUUUGCUAUUCGAUUUUUUAUCCGUGAUUUAUUUUACCAACUAAAAGACUUGUACAAUGAUUAUUUGACACCCGAUUACCUUGAUGACGGUUACAUUUGUCGCUGUUAUCGUGGACAACGGAUGACUCAAAUAGAGCUAAAAAAUUUGACCGAAGGAAAACUAAUAUCAGCCAAUUCCUUUUUAUCGACAACUGUCGAUCGAACAAUUGCUCUAAACUUUAUCGGAGACGUUUUGAACGAGACUGAUGAGGACAUUCAAUUUGUUCUGUUUGAAAUUGAGAUAAAAAUAGAACAUGAUGCCCCAUUGAAACGCAAACCAUUUGCUUAUAUAUCCCACUUGAGCCACUUUGAAAAAUCUGAGGAAGAAGUUUUAAUUAUGGUCGGUUCAUUUUUUAAAAUUGACAAGAAAUGGUAUGAUGAAGAGAAAAAGGUUUGGAAUGUAAAAGUGACACUAAUUAAUGAAGAUGCUGGAAGAAUAAACAUCACCAAAGAUUAUCAAAUAUUAAAGGCAACCUCAUCGACUGAAGCUAAAGUGAUCAGAGUCGGUGAUUUAUUGUUUGAGAGUGGUAAAUCGGAACAAUACUAUACAUUAAUAAAACAAAAACUUCCGUCUAUGAUAGCAGCAUGUUAUACGGGUCUCGGUUGGAUGUACUAUAAAGAAAAUCACCUUGACAAUGUAAGUGAGAUUCAAUUGAAAACAAUCAACCUCUCUGAUAAACCGGAUCUGUUGGUGAUGAGCUACUGUUGUAUGGGAGCAGUUUUUAAACGACAAAAAAACUACAUCGAGGCGCUUGAGUACUAUAAUAAAGCUCAUGCUGUCGGACACAAUAUCAUCCCCAUUGAUAAAUACUCUAUGUACGAUGGUUAUAAGAAUAUUGCAUCAAUUAAUAUUGCGAUCUUAUAUCUAAUAAGCAGUUAUUCGCAAAAAGCGUGGGAAAUAUUGAAAACGACCUUGAUUAUCACAAACAAAACGUAUCAUUGCCAUCUCUACAUUACAAUAGUGGAAGCAGGUCUUUACGAGAAUACAAAUGAUAAGCGACAAAUAUUACAAAAUUGGGAAAGAUUUCUGGACCACAGCUGUGCUGAUUCCUCACUCUACCGAUCGACAAUUGUUGCUGGCCUUAUGUCAGUGGGACACAAAUAUCUCACGAAACCAAUCGGGCAAUAUUUACCUUCAAGAGAUUGGAAUCCAGCGAUCGACUGUUUUAAAAAAGUUGUCGACCUUUGCCACAAGUAUUUGCCAAAUAAAGAUGAUUAUUCAGUAAUAACUCAGUGUUAUAAAAAUAUUGCAAAUAUCCUUGUGCAGCAUGAAGAUUAUUCUCGAGCAAUUAGUUACUAUCAAAAACUAUUGAGUACCUCUCUUGAUCAUGGAAUAAAUGAUGUUGAAUCAAUGAUCGCCUGUUACAAUGGUGUUCGGGUUAUCUUUGAACAGCAAAUGAGACAAAGAAAUUUGAGUGCAUCCGAUAUUACUGACUUACUGUGUGAAAUAAGCGGACCAGUUCAGUAUCAUUCACAGGCAAGUGUUGCUGUAAUUCAAAAUGUAGAAAAUAAGUUAUUUAAAAGUUUCACACGUUCAAAUUUAGCAUUCGGAUAUUUAUUGAAGUUUGAUGAUAUUAGCCAAAUAUGCAAUGAAUCAUGUCUAAGACAAAGAUUAAUUUACUGUUACAUUAAAUUAGCAGCACUCUUCUACGAGAAUCAAAAGCUCGACUUGACACAACAAUGGUUGAAUAGAGCAAUUAGAAUGACGGAUGAAAUUUCGAUGGAAGAACGUAAUGAGAUUACAGCCAUUUGCAAGCAAAAUAGAGCGUUUCUUGACGGCGAUCUGACAUCGAUUAUUGACUCAUAUAAAGAGUUAAUCGAUGAGAGAAUUAAAAGUGGUUUGCUCUGUGUGAACGAAAGAGACUUAUGUUUUAUCGCCUAUUUGUAUACGAAACAAAACAAGUUAGAUCAAGCAGGUAAAUGGUACGAAAGAGGUGUCACAUACUUGCAACAAAAUGGGCACAUUUGUGCACAUACCGAACAGUGCUAUCAGAAAUUGUCACAAUACUAUUUUAGAGAACAUCAGAUUGAUGAAUCUUUUACCACUUAUCAGAAUUUUGUCCAACAUGUCAUCAAACCACACCCAGUUUAUUUUACCAAGCUUGCUUCGAUUUUCAUCGAUGUGGCUAUUCACUAUCAGAAACAAAAGAAUUUCAAAUCGGCAUUCGCUAUAUAUCAAAAGUUUAUUGAUCACGUGCUGAAACAUUCACAGGAUAUAAUUAGUAUUAUUAGAAGCUGCAAAUCUGUUAUAGGACGCUAUGAGAAAAUAAAUGAAUUUAAAAGUGCCAUUCAUCAGUACAAACAGCUAUUGACGAUCAUAUUGGAUUACAGCAUCAAAAAUACAUUAACCGACGAACGAUUCAAAUAUGCUGAAAUAUACAUUCGAGAUUUUGCUGAUCUUGCUCUUUUUUUUGAGAAACAGAACGACUUAAUUGGUGCAUCAAAUACAUAUAAAACAACAAUUGAUCUCACACUUGAUCACUCUUUUACAAUUGAUGACGUCAUGAUCAACUAUCGAGGCUAUGCUGACAUAUGUCUAGAAAAAAUGUCGAUACCAUAUAUAUCAUAUGCGUUCUAUCUGUGUCAACGAUUCAGUGAACUAUUGUUAAAAUAUCAUAAAAUCACAAUCACGUAUGUCAACGAUUAUCUUGAAAUGAUUAUGACACGAUAUGAUUCCAUUGCAUCAUAUUAUAAGAAAAACGGUGAACUUGACUUAGCCAUCAGCGUUUACUCAGCGAUGAACAGACUUAUGCUUAACUUCCAUUCAGAGGUGAAUAAGAACUAUCCGAUUAAUUUUUUCAUUGAAAUAAUGACAUCGAAUUAUAUGAAAAUGGCCGAAAUUUACAAUGAAAACAAUGACAUCGAUUUGAUUGUUGAGCUCUACAAGAAACUUGUUACAUGUAUCUUAGAGUAUCCCUCAAAUGAUAUCAAUCGUCACAUGAAAAUCGUUAAGGCGAAAUGCGAACAACAUGCAUCAUACUUCAAGGAACACGGUUUGAGUCAAAUAGCAAAUGAAAUGGAGAAUAAAAUGAGGCAGACUUCUAGAGAAUUGUGA